UGGUCCAAUGGCUGUAUGGCACAUCAGCAUGAGUCAUAUCAAUGAUGUCACUUAUUUUUAACCCACUAAUCACUGCCCUCACUCUUUUCUGAAUUCUGAGUUUUAAAGUGAUUCUGACUCAGUUAUAGAGAUCACAAGACAACUGCAACAAUGAACCUACAGGAGUCCAUUCUUAUUUUGAGUGCAAUCUUUAUUUUUGUAUUUGUAUCUACUAAAAGUCCUGAUGGUGGUCCUAAAAGUGGAGUAGUGUACACUUGUUGGGGAAGGAAGUCCUGUCCUACUGGAGCUGAACUACUGUAUGAGGGAAUAACUGGAGGUAGUCCCCAUGCUGAACCAGGAGGAGGAGCUAACUAUGUCUGUUUACCAAAGAUCCCUCAAUAUAUGAGUACAACUGUACCUACUUGGUAUUCUGAAAUGCAUGGUACUGAAUAUGAAGGUGUUAAUGAAAUAUUUCUAGGAAAGCAUAAUCACAAUGUUCCUUGUGCAGUAUGUUAUGCAACUAAUAGAAUUGCUAAACUGAUGAUUCCUGCACGAAUAGAAUGUCCUGACUCAACAUGGACUAUGGAAUAUAAAGGAUAUCUGAUGGCUGGUUAUGGGGAACAUUCAAGCAAUAAAGUCUAUGAGUGUGUUGAUGAAAAUCCUGAAACUAUUGAUGGCAGUGAGGCUAAUACUGAUGGUGCUCUGAUGUAUUUUAUCCAGUCAACCUGUAAUGGUCUACCUUGCUUACCUUAUGUUAACAAAAGAGCUAUUACUUGUGUUGUGUGUACUAAGUGACAAUAGUAAACUUUAUUAGGUUGCUGUUUUUGCUAAAUGUCUAAUAAAACAGAUUUUACAAAUUUUUUAAUAAUGUUGCUGUAUAGUA